UGCAGACAUGCUGUUUCCUGCCACAGGGAACUCUGCCUCCAUGGCCGCCAAGAUCCCAGCUGAGAAAUCUGGGAAAUGUCAGUGUGAGACACACCAUUCUAAAAGCAUCCUGUACCAGAUCCUUAACAAAGAGCAUGGAAGUGAGACCAAGUGGCGCCAGCAGUAUUGCAGUCCCCACUGCUCCACAAGAAGCAAAGGCUGCCCUUGUUUGGACAGGAGAAGAGUUGUCCUGAGAACACCAGAAGCCACAUGCAGAAGAGCUUCUGAAGUGCUGUUGAAGACUUCAACUUUUAUUAGAAACUUGCCUUCUUUUUAUCACAUGCCUUGGGAGGAUCAGUUUGUCCUCAUACAACGGAACUGGGCCCCUCUUUUUGUCCUGGGCAUGGCACAAGAAGGGGUGGAUUUUGACCUGAGAGAGAUCCCAGACACCAGUUUAUUGAAAAAAAUCCUCCUCAAUCAGUCUUCAACAGCUAUGAAUGAACUGGGCAGCUCAUCAGCAGGAGCAUCUUUAGCAGAAGUUCAGAAGAUGAAGAAUUUAUUGUGGAAAUUCUGGGAACUGGACAUAAGUGCAAAAGAAUAUGCCUAUCUUAAAGGAAUUAUUCUUUUUAAUUCUGAAUGUUGUGUCCUGAGAUGGCUCCCUUAUGUACAAUCACUGCAGCAGGAAGCUCAGAAAGCCCUGAUGGAGUUUAUCUCAACAAUGUUCCAUGGAAGCCUCGGCAGGUUUUCUUCGAUUCUUCAGCUAAUCAUGUCCCUUCGAGACAUUGAUGCAGGUGCUAUUGAAGAGCUCUUCUUCAGGCCCAUCCCAGGAGAGGCCACCCUAAAUGUACUACUUACAGAAACCCUAUAUAUCAAGCCAGACUGGCUUGGAAAACAAAUGACAUCUGAGUGAUAAAAUAUUUCAUUUUGAAGAGGUCAGAGAAUAUUAUGACCUACAUAAACACAUUUCAAACAAAUCAGUGAUGCAUAUUUGUAAGCCAUACAUGCUUCAACAAUGAAGUUAUUUUGUAACAUUUUAAAAUUGAAAGCAGAGAAAAUCAAGCAUUUCAUGAUACUGUGUCCUUUAAAAAACCCUUAGUCUACAUAUUUAAAGAGUGUCUAGGAGCACACUUUCCAGUUGUGAUAGGUUCAACUAUAUUAUUUCUAGUGAGCAUUUUUACAGCUGUUUAUACUAUAUGCUUUUGGCUUUAAGAAACAAGGGCAAUGGUAAAUUUUAUUCAGUUGAAGAUAGAUACAUAAAAGGCUGGUCAAUGUUAAAAUCAGUAUAAAUCCUUCCUUUUCCUUGACAGUCCCUAAUCUCAAUCCUUUUUCUGUUCCACUGAUAACACUAGUCCUUGGCCCUAAUUGCUGGAUGGAGCUCCCCCUUAGUAAAUGCUUGCUUAUAGGUUCUUUUCUAAGUCUUGCAGCAAACUGUGGGCAUUAAAUCCCUCUCCCAUUAUAUACCAAGUCCUUCCCUAACUAAGGAACUAAACAACAUGAAUCAAAAAUUUGUUGACUGGACAAAAGCUGUUCAGGAUUGUUUCCAGAAUGGGAAUAACAAAGGCUGAAAGCUACUGUGUCAUGCCAUAAGCAGCAGAACUAAUGUAGCCCAGUUUCCUACACAUUUAAGACCUUUUCCCUUUAGCCCUGCCUGUACCCUUCUAUAAUUACCCUCACUUCCUUCCAAAUAGAUGUCAGAUAUUCCUUGGACAGCAGAAAUGCUAAAAUACGGUUUCCUGCAGAUGUGUACAAUCUGUUCCUACAUCUCUCACUGCAAGAGUUCCACGUCUCCACCUCCAAAUGCACUAUGGCAUGCCCCAAAAAUGUCUCUGUCUCCUACCCCUCUGGCUGGAGAAGAGGCAGCACGUGUUGGGGUGGGUGCCAAGUGAUGUGUGUGCUGACUGCCCAUCCGUCAGGAUGAAAAAAGCUUAUACUUUAGCUGCAACAGGGGAAGAUAUUUGUAUCCAAUUUCUGUGCCAUUCCUCUCCCAAUGGUUUCCAUGAAACACAAAGGAACUUCUGAGUUUUUUCAGUAGUGGAUCCAGCCUAGUUUUGCUUGGCAAGUGGGCUCAAAUUCACCAAAUGAGAACUGACAGACAGGUAGACAGACAAAGAUUAUGAUAGCUUAGAAUUCCUUAGACUGUUAAGCUAAAGUCAAAGGAAAGAGAACUUGUAAAUAUAUAUAUAUGUACACAUGUAUAAUGUAUAUGUAAAAAUGCACAUCAGAGCAGAUGGAUGUUGAAAGGACUUCUAGAAGUCAAACAACUAAGGAAAAAAGAAGUUUAAAUAAUCAUAAGAUUUUAGUACUUAUCAGUUUUGACAAAAGAACACACAUUUUUCUCCCACGUUGUUAAUCGAGGAGUAAAUUACAAAAAUAAAGGGGAAGAAGCAAACCCCAAACAAGACAAACCAACUAAGCCCUGGCUAGUAAUGAUCAUGGAAGUAACAACCUCCACAGUAAACACAACUCACGUUCCUGUGUCUCUAAGCUAACUAAACUUUUCAGAACUGCAGAUUUUUGGACUAAUAUUUUCCAUGGAAAUCCCUCAGAGUAGAAGUUUUCAGUAGCUUUUCUUUUGUUAAAAUGCUUCAGUAGUACUGCCAGAGAUCUGUUGGUGCAGGGUAACAGGAUAUUCCAUGGUUAGUUGUUUGUGAUGCUGAAUGAAAACAUUAGUUCCGGUCUGUGCUUCUUAAGAUUUAAGCAAGCAGAAUACAUCCAAAACUGGAACUUUUACAUUUGAUAUCUACAGUAUCAUUUGGUAGCAGACAUACAAGUUCAAACACCUCCCAAGUCCUAUAAGCUUCUACCUCUACUACAGAUGCUC